AGAAAAUACCGUGAGAUGGUGUUCUUCUUCCUGCCGUUCAACCAAGAGACGUUGUCUCCCCCUCACUACAACGCAAAAUUUAUGCACCUAUUUCAUGUUCAUGAGCCGCCACCGCCGACUCGCAACCGCUUUCGCCUCCAAAUUAAGAUGGUUAGAGCAUAUUCUCAAGAGCACACAUACAAGCAUCCAUGGGAACGAGUAACAGCUGCAUCGUGGCGCAAAUUUGCCGACCCUGCGAACAAACGCACAUUGUCUCACAUUAUCGAGGUUGAUACUCUGAGCCACAAGCUGGAAAGUAGCUCUGGCAAGCUUUACACAACUCGAGCUAUAACUGUCCAUGCUCCCGGGCCAUGGUUCCUUCGUAAGAUGAUUGGGCAGGAUAUCUGCCACUGUGUUGAGUCAACUGUCGUGGAUGCGAAAUCCCGAUCUAUGCAGCUAGCUACCCGUAAUAUCAGCCUCGAGAAGUUCAUCGAAGUGGAGGAGAAGAUCAGGUAUGAUCCCCACCCGGAUGAUCCAAAUGGAUGGACCAUAUGCCACCAGGAGACAAGGAUCACAAUAAAGCCCCUGUCGGCGCUGGCAACGAUGGCUGAGAAGAUCGAGCAGAAGUGCGUGGAGAAGUUCCAGCAAAACAGUGCUAAGGGGAGAGAGGUUAUGGAGAGAAUCUGCAAGUAUCUUGAAGCUGAAUCUAGGGGAAUUUCUGCUUGAUUUUGAUGUUAAUCAUUGAGGUAAUUUCUGCCUCUGUUUUUCAGUUUAACUUGGUGUAUCUCCGGCAGUGGAAUUUACCAGUGAGGUGUUGUUGUAUAUCCAGUUUUGUUUAGUUCUUUUAAUUGAAAUAAUAGGACAUCUUGGUCCCUUUUUUGGUGACCAAGAAAAUACUCCUAUUAAAUAAAAUAUGAUAUAUCCUGUUUUCUGUUGUUUGCAGUUUG